AUGAUGGCUGGCAUAAUGGAUGUCUCGUCUCAACUUUUCCGUGAUAGUAGGUUCGGGAAACCGGCGCAUCUGAUGCAGAUCUUGAAUAUUUUUGGGCCGACUAUCACUGGAACGGAUGGAGCCGAAUCUCGGUUAUACCGUCGUAUCACAGCGCCUUUCUUCAACGAGGAAACCUUACGACAAGUCUUCGAGCAUUCUGUGCAGGGCGGGCAGGAGUUACGGCUAGUAUUGAGCCAGGACACGGCGCAUCGCCGGCUACGCACACUCACAGCGCGACUUUCGCUUCAUCUACUCAAUCGCGUUUGCAAUGAGAACCAAACAUCUGAGGAUCUGGUACGAGCAUUGCGGUUCGAAGACCAACUUCAAGGCACACACCGCAUGAGUUAUAUUGAUGCUGUGCACACACUGCUGGACCACUAUGCGACUGUCUUUCUCUUCCCACCCAAGCUCCUCAAGCUUUCGCCCUUCCGUUCCCAUCAGCAAGCAGCAAUGGCAUACAUUGAAAUGGAUGGAUAUAUGCGAGAGCUUGUAGACAGGAACGAGUCAGAGCUCCGCCAAAAGCCAUCUAACCGUCUCGUCCAAGCAGGACUUCCCUCUUCAACUGAAGAGAAUCGACCCCUUCUCAACAAACAGCAAGUGCUUGGAAAUAUCUGGCUAUUCAUGUUUGCUGGUCAUGAGGCCAAUGCCAACACCCUAACAUUCCUCAUCCUCCUUCUGGCUUGCCACCCGACCAUUCAACGCGCUAUGCAAACAGACAUCGAUUCUAUCCUUGGUGACACCCCCCAGGAACGAUGGACAUACGACCUUCACUACAAGCCCUUGAUGAAUAGUCUUGUUGGUGGUGUCAUCAACGAAACCCUUCUUCCCAUUAUCAUCCAAGGCCAAACCCACCCCUUACCACCUGGAACAGUCGCAUUUGUAAACACCAGUGCCACCCAUCGCCAUCCGGAAUACUGGCCGCAUAGGAAAGAGGCGCAUUCUGAAUCUAUGACUAGUUUAUUGCAAGAUCCUAGAAAGCGACCUUUCAUAAUGUCGGACUUUGAUCCCGAACGGUGGACCAGGUUCAAUGUACGGGACCAGAACACCGAUUCUCCCAACGAGGAUUCUUUCCUGAACCCCCUUCCUGGUACCUUUGUCCCAUUUUCAGAGGGAAGUCGUGGAUGUCUGGGCUAUCGGUUUGCGCUCGUGGAGGUGUGCGCCGUGGUGGUCAGUGUGUUCAAGAGGUCUUCAGUUAGACUCAUCACUCAGAAUGAAGAAACUGGAGAAUCAACCCCUGAUGAGGUAGCGGAUUUGUGGAAAGCAGCAAGGGAACGCGCUGAAUUCGCUCUUUCUGAGGGUGUGAAGUUUGAUAUGAGUUUGCGAAUUACUCAAAAUGUCCCGAUCAAGUUCGAGACACGGGCUUGA